CUUCUUCUUCUUAUCCCGCUCCUCGCUCAGGAAGAUCAAUUCAAGAUGGGUUCAGGUAAAAAGAUUUGGCAAUCACCAACAGGAAAGAACAUUCAAGCAAGGUUGGAAAAUGCAGCACAUGCUUCUGCACAGAAUUCUAAACGUGGACCAAGAGCUUCUCCUAUCUUGAUGACAUCAGGAAACAAAAGAGCAUGGCGAAAAGCACAUAGUGCUGAUGCGACUCGAAUGGCAGUUCCGGAAACAGCAGAUCGACAGAGAAAAGCACAAGGAGAGGUUGAAGAAGAGGACGAUCACUUCAAUUUGAGCGCUCGCAAACAAAGAUUAAGCAGAGCAGCCCGAUUUGGAUUUCUAUCAAGUAAAGCUCCAACAAUGUUACCUAAUGCUUGGAAUACAACAGUUGUGGAGUCAUUGGACGAUGUUGAUAAGGCUCAGCUAAAGAAAGAAUACGUUCUUAAUCAAAAUCGUCAUUCCAAGAAUGAACGUCUAGAGCCUUUGCGAAGCUCCAUCUUGCGUCUCACAACCUCCUCGCCGAAAAGAUAUGCUGCUGUUCGAUCUGUCUUGCGCCAGGUCCGGGCUAGAUUAGGCCCUGACGAAGAAGGUUUUGAGUCACAGAUCUUAUCCGGACAGUGGUCGCCUUCAAGAAUAGUGGAGUACGGGUGUGGAACAGGAGAAGGAUUAUGGGCGUCAGCAUCUGUGUUUCGGGAUAGCACGUCAGAAGGCAAGGAGCGGCUUACAUAUGAGGGAUAUGAUAGCAAUGUGCCUUAUCUACGGGCUGCAGCAGAUAUGGUCAUCUCGGCAAAGGAACGAGCAGCUCCGAUUCUGCAAGGUGAGAAGUCGCACGAUGGACAAGAAGAUGAAUUGGCGGACUUGGCAAAGAUGCAUAUCUCAUUACGAACAAGUCCUACUUCCAGUAAUAUAGCUGCACAACUAUCGGGAGAUAGAGAUCCUUCUCAACCUGCAAUCGAGCCAACGGAAGGUGAUGGUACUCUUGUACUUUGCAAUCAUGCACUUUCAAAUCUGCGCAGCGACUCUGCUCGGAAUAAUCUCGUCAAGUCUUUGUGGUCCAAACAUCCCACUGCGGAAGUGCUUGCGUUUGUUGAGAAUGGAGACGAACGUGGAUUUGCUUGUAUUGCAAGUGCACGGGAAGAGCUAUUAGGGAUCGGAAAGCGAUAUGAGAGCACUGAAGAGCAGCCUGAUAUGACUAUCGGCAAUCAAACAUUCUAUGCCGAGAACACAGAGAGCAAUGAAUCAGACGAGCAUCAACAAAUUCUUUCGGAUCACCAAGAGUGCCACGUCGUUGCACCUUGUCCGCAUGAUAGACCUUGCCCUCUAUUGCACGAUUUCGAAUUAAGUGAAUCAUUUGGUGAAAAGAUUGGUAAAUCUUCUCGUGCUUCUUCACCUUUGUUCCAUGGAGCAAAUCAUGGUAUGAACAUUUGUGCAGCUUCGACACGAGUACAUAAUCCUGAAAAUACAAGAAAGACAAGACAGACUCAAUCGGACGUUGAAAACGCACAGCAUUGCUACCUCGUCGUUCGCCGAGGACCUCGACCGACGUUCAAUGAUCGAAAACAAUUCGAUACCGAUGACGUACGCGAAGCUUUGGCAGCUCGGGAAAUAUUGCGAAGAAGAGCUGAUAAGACCAAGGUCGGAAUUUUGGAAGCUCUUCGAUCUACUAAAUCUGGCACAAAGACAGAGAUACCCGUUGCGGAAGAGAUCAACAGUGAGGAUGAGGCUGUGUCUUCUUCUACAUUGGCUGAAUUGGGGGCAGAGAUGGAAAAGGGAGAUAAUCAGGCACGCGAAGAACUUUUACGCAUCUUACCUCAGAUCAUACAAAAUCAAGCAGGUGACAAAACAGAAGAUAUACCAGAAGCACUGCAAAUGGCACAGAACGUACUAGAACAAAGCGCACAAAUGGCGGAAGAAGCACAAGAUUCCGUUGAACAAGAGGAUGCAAGUGCGGCAGAGGAGAGUUUGAGAUUAGCAGGUGCCAUGUUGGAACAGCAGCGGGAAUUGUCAAACGCACAAGAGCAAGAGAUUAUUUCGGAAGGUUUGGAACAAAAAGAUAUCGAAAGUAUGAGAAUUGAUGCCUACAGUUGGCCUAGAUUGAUCAUCCCGCCUCUCAAGCGAAGUGGUCAUAUGACCGUAGAUGCAUGCACGGCACAAGGCUCAAUCGAUCGAUUUGUUUUGCCGAAAUCGCUUGGUAAACAAACGUAUCAAGAUGCACGAAAAGCAAGACAAGGUGAUUUGUUACCGUAUCCACCAAUCGAAGAGAAGCCAGUGUUAUGGGAAGAGAUAGAUCUAGAAAGUGGAGAUGAGAGCGUAGAAGGACUUUCGCAAGAUGAAUCACCGGUUGCAAUGAUUGAAGUUCAAAAAAUCAAAACGGUUAUGAGACGUAUUCCGGCAGCUUUGGAAUCUCAACGAAAUACGAUGAGACCUAGCACAAAGAUUAAAUCAUCUUCGAAAAGAGCAGGUGAUGGAAAGGCUUUCAUUGAUUGGCCAAAGUCUAGUGCUUUGGCAAUCGGACCUGAUUUAGUGGCAAAUGCUGGUAUGAAGGAAUCCAAUGAAGCCAUUCCCGGGUUAUCGUCAUCGUCCUCUUCUCGACGCCAACACUACAAAGAAGGCGGAGAAAGAGCUAUUGAGCAAUUGGAACAAUCACAAACGUACAGCAAGAGGAAUAAUCGCAAAAGCUCUUUGGCCAAUUUCGACAAAGAAGUUCGAGAUGCAUGGGCAGAAGAUGAUGCUCAUGCUGUCUAA